AUGGUCGGUGAUUUUACAGAAGCUCAGACGAAGAAAAUCAAGAAGAUGCACCGCAUUCGUAACCAGCUUGUCAGAAACGUGUUCAAUUUCUACAAAGCAUACAAUCAUUUGUACGACGACGUGAUCCCGAAUGAUGAAGUUUUGGAUAGCUACUAUUCUGAUGAAAUGAUCGCCCAGCAUUUUGUAGACUUCGCAGAUGACGAUGAUGAUGCUUUUUAUGAUGAUGCCAUUUGUGCUGAGGAAGAAUCGGUUCGCGGCAAUUCCGACUCGUGGAAUGGAGGAGAAGCUGAUGAACAAAACGUGCUUGAGCGACGU